UUUCCUCUAGCCAAUGGGCGUCGCCGUAGGAAUAUCCAAAGCUGAUUUCACUCUGCUCAAGAUCUUGAUCAUUCACCACGUCGUCACCGAGGCUUCGUCCAGCUUUACUUUCCACAACUUCUCUACCACCUUCUCCUUCCAAGAUCUCUAACCUUUUUAACCCCACCCACUCAUACCACACCGUCUCGCUGCAAUGGAAGGCAACGGUGGUAGAUCCGGUAGAAGAAACGAUUCUAUCAGCAGUAUCAUGUCUCUGGGUGCUGACAACAACUCAUCAUCAUGGACCGACGAUAACAACAGCAACGACACACCUGCCACUCAGAGAUCUUCACGUGCAGAGAACACCCAGAUGCACGAGCUCGAUCAUGAGACAUCCGUCCACAUGAUUUCACAAUUCUCUCCAGAGGAUGCUUCAUAUACCGAUGCCUCGAGCAACAUCGACACUGAAUCAGACAUUGACAUGCUGGAUCCUUCUGAACUCCGCCACCACAUCCUUGAGCUGCUCGACGAACUCCCCGCGACCUGCGCAAUCGACUUCGCUACUCCAUACCAGAGAGCCGCCAUGCUUCCUCCUGUCACGCAAGACUCACUCUGUGAGUUGGAUGUUGGUCGCAUAAUCAACAACCCCAAGCUCCGUCACGAUGUCAACUUUGAUCGCGAACUCCACUUCAGACCCAACCUCGAUGGCUCCAGAGGCAAGUUGAAGUUGAAGUCAGCUGACGAGUACUGGAAGGCCUUGUUGGCCGAGCUGGUGAUCUACAAAGCAGUCGGCGAACGUCUCAGGGAGUGCAAAAGCGCAGACGAACUCGAGUACUACACUUUCAUGAUCAAGACCAACCAGAUGAGACUUCCCGGAGUUUUCAGCACAAUCUACGAGAUCCUCAAGACUCUUGUGCCUGACCGUGACCAAGCCAUCGUCGCAGAGAGACUCGAUGUCGACAUGAUUAUGCAGCAAAUUUGCAAGGGCGUCUUCAAUCUUCUGGACUUGGCUCAGUGGCUGGCUUCCAUCCUGAAGGCUCACUGCGCCCCUAUGAGAGACGAGUGGAUCGACUCGAUGCUUGAGCAGACCACCAGAGGCGUCAACCAAGAAGAUCAGAACGCUAUCGUGACCGGACUCAGACAGACUCUCGCCAUUCUCGAGGCCAUGAAGCUGGACGUCGCCAACCAUCAAAUCAGACAUCUUCGCAGCUUGCUCAUCGACGACACUGUCAACUUCCAGCAGAAGUACCACCUCCACAAGAUCGCCGCCAAUCGCUUCAAGCUUGAAAGUGCUCGCUCUUGGUUCAAGCAAGAAGAGUCUCUCUUCAGCAACCGUGCCCUUGGACUCGCGCCUCUGGAGAUCUUCUCUUCGGCCGUCCUCCGCUCCCUGCUUUCGCAAGAUCCCUCUUCUCGUUUCCCCGAAACCUUCCACCUGGACGCUGAACGCCUGCGCAUCCUUCGCAGCGAUCUCCACAGCUUGGUUCAGAUGGACAUGUGCUGCAACGCCUUCGACAUCCUCAUCAAGGACAAGAUCGAUGACAACACUCGUCUUGCUGCCAGAAAGUCUCUACAGGCCAACAUCGCCGACAUAAUCGGCGAGUCACGCCUCUACUUGGAGAACCUCGAGAAUAUCUCGGCCCAGAUCGUCCGCCUCGUUCUCCAGCUCGAAGGUGCCACUGCAGCCUUCGACUCCGACAUGAUGAGUAUCGUCGAGCACCACCUUCGCGCAGAAUUGCCCUUCUCCUCUUCGGCUUUUGGUGUUAAGCUCGAGGAACUCUUCAGUGCCCAGUUCCCCAGGCUCCGCAACGCUAUCAACUCCAGCACCAGACACAAUCUUCUGGCUCUCCAUGACGCCAUGCUACCUCCUACUCAGCCUGCUGGCAAGUGUGUCUCUCAGAAGGUCAUCAGCGAGCCCCCCAUGGACGAGGUCCUCAAGCGUGUCACUCAUCUCGCUGUUCUCCAUUGGCAUGUCUGGGCGGCAAUUGUCUACGAUGUCCAGGGCGAAGGAUGCUUGCAACCUCUGAGCUCGGCUGGCAACGAACCAGACACUUCCGAGAUGAAUGCCAACGCCACCUCGUCUAGCCCCUUGGCCUUGAGCCCCGAGAUGAAGAGCCAGAGCGGUAGUUUCACUCAGCCCUCUGGUCCCUCCAUCACCAACAGUCGUUCUCAGAAGUAGACUGACAACCAUUUGUCGGUCCUUCGAUCAUCUUCAGCUUUGUAACAACAUUACCCAGUUAAUCUUUCGGCUCUUUAUUGUUUCCCACCACACAGCGCUAGUCUACAACAGCAGCUUCCAUCCUCUCCGUCAAAGGAAGUAAAAGAAGCAGUUGCUGUCGGACAUGCUCAACAUGUGUGGUUUUCUG